AUGAAGCUCGAUACGCGGGCUAUGCGCCAUCUGGCAUCAGAGGACUGGCGUGUCCUCACAGCUGUCGAGAUGGGCAGCAAGAACCACGAGAUUGUCCCAACGCCUCUGAUCGAGAAGCUCUCUCGUCUGCGCGGCGGCGCCAGCGGUGUGCACAGGAGCAUCUCCGCCCUGGCCAAGGUGGGCCUCAUCGCCCGUGUCAAGGAAGCCAAGUACGAUGGGUACCGCCUCACGUACGGCGGGCUGGAUUACCUAGCCCUGCACACCCACUCGUCUCGCAAGGACGUCUACAGCGUCGGCAGCAGGAUAGGCGUGGGAAAGGAGAGCGACAUCAUGGUCGUCUCCGACGAGAAGGGCGUGCAGCACGUCCUCAAGAUCCACCGCCUGGGCCGCAUCUCGUUCCGCUCCGUCAAGUCCAACCGUGACUACCUCAAGAACAGGCAGUCCGCGUCGUGGAUGUACCUGUCCCGCCUCGCCGCCAUGAAGGAGUUUGCCUUUAUGAAGGCCCUCGAAGAAGCAGGCUUCCCCGUCCCUCACCCGAUCGGCCAGUCCCGUCACACCAUCGUCAUGGCCCUCAUCGACGCCUUUCCCCUCAGGCAGAUCUCCGAUGUCCCCGACCCGGCUUCCCUAUACGCAGACCUCAUCGGCCUCAUCCUCCGCCUCGCAAAGCACGGUCUCAUUCACGGUGAUUUCAACGAGUUCAACAUCCUCGUCAAGGAGAUUGAGACCACCUCGGAAAAGGACGACGGCUCCCAAGAGGCGUCGGUCCGCUUAGAACCUGUCCUGAUUGAUUUCCCUCAGAUGGUCUCUAUGGAGCAUCAGAACGCAGAGAUGUACUUUGACAGGGACGUCGAAUGUAUCAAACGCUUCUUCUACCGCAGGUUUGGCUUCACCAGCACCGAACCCGGUCCCUUCUUCAAGGAUGCGAAGAAGACUGUCGGCAAAGACGAUACCCCGCGCCUAGAUGCUGCUGUCGAGGCAUCUGGUUUUACAAAGAAGAUGUUGAAGGAUCUUGAGGCAGCGAUCAAGGAUAGGGGCCCCAAGGAAGAGGAAGGUACCCACUCAGAUGGUGAUUACGAUGAUGACGAGGACAAGGACGAGGCCGUAGCCAGUGAAGAGGCUGCCCACGGGCAGCAAGAGGAGGAUGUUUCACCUGAAGUACAAGAUGAUGAUGCCAGCCCUCAUCAAGGAAACACACUUGAUGACCCAAGCAACAAGUCAGAGGAGUUGAAAAAGGGUAUGGACAAGCUGGCUCUGUAA